GCUUCUGCUCUUCCCGACCCUGCUGCAGCCGAAACAAAAGAAAAAGGGAGCCCAGCCAUGCCUUUGAGAAACCGGUGAGAUAAGCUUGGUUUUGGCCUUCUUUUCUUGUUCUAGAACAAGAUUGGAACCCAGAAAUUCUCCCCCCCUGCUGGAAAAUCCGGAUCUGCUUUGCUCUGUCCGCCGGCUGCUCUUGUUGUGGGUGCAAAUUCUGGGCAUUUUUAGAUUUUUCUUGAAUUUCUCCUGCACUUGCAGCCGGCUUCUUCUCCCUGCAGCUCCGGUUCCUUGCUUGCAAAUUCUGAAAACGAAACCGAGGAUGAGGAAACCACGGGAAGUGACGAGUUAGAAAGCUAGCCAUUUCGAGAUUGAUAUAGAUUUUAGAAAUAGAUCAUGAUCUUGUAAACUGGAUUUUAAUUGGAGAUUUUAUAAAUUUAUUGAAUGGAUUGUUAGUUACAAGAGAUUUGAUCUUCAGAUUUUGGUGGUAUCAUAUUGUGAUAUGAUAAGUUUUGAGUCUUGUGCAUUUGUGGGACUCUCUCACGAGUGCAUGACGUCUGUCACAUCCCUGGAUUUGGGAUCUGGGGCGUAACAAAAGACGAGAGAAAGGCCCUAGAAAUUCUCCGUUAAACUGUGCUGAGCUGUUUUUAUGUUAAAGAUGAGUUGGCCUACUUUAAUGAGGUGUGAAUGGUUUGAUUGGUUUGAAAUACCAUGUCAGCUGGUAUACCUCUGAUACACUAGAAUUUCUCGGGCUAUACUUAAGUACGUGUCAGUUAUGCAGAAUACUAUUUUUUUUUUAUGUACAUUAAAAAAACACUGACCUCGCCAUUACAAUGGGUGAGGAAAAUACUGCCGCUGUCGGUAAAGUUUCAGGCAAAGAAAGCCAAACCCAAGGCCUGCUUGUACUCGACUCCUCUUCGCCCUAUUUCCUCCAUUCCUCUGAUCAUCCAGGUUUAAACCUGGUUUCCAGCCUAUUAAAUGAGGCAAAUUACUCCACUUGGGUGAGAGCUAUGACUAAUGCUCUUCGGGCAAAGAAUAAAUUUUGCUUUGUUGAUGGAACCUUGUCUCGUCCAUCCAAUAGAUCUGCAUAUCUCAGUCACUGGGAAAAGUGCAACUCGUUGGUGAUCUCUUGGCUAUAUAACUCUCUUUCAACUGAAUUACAUGGGAGCGUGGCUUAUGCAGACACUGCUCGAGAGAUAUGGAUAGAUAUAAAGGAAAGAUUUUCUCAAGGGAACGCACCUAGAAUACAUGAAUUAAAGAGGGCCUUGGCUAUCACAUAUCAGGAGAAUCUCUCUGUAGCUGCUUACUAUACCAAACUCAAAGCCAUAUGGGAUGAACUUUAUUCAUACUCUCCAAUUUCGGAUUGCACUUGUGGAGCGGCUAAGGAUUUCUUGAAGGUAAGGGAGGAGGAAAAGGUACAUCAAUUUAUUCUUGGACUUAAUGAUAAUUUUAGUAGUGUUCGAUCUCAUAUUUUGGGUACAGAACCCCUCCCAAACAUUAGCAAAGCAUAUGCCUUAGUUACACGGGAAGAAAGAGAAAUUUCUCUUUGUGCCUCACGGCCAACAAAUGUAGAAUCUGCUGCUUUCAAUGUGAGAUCACAUAUAAAUCAUCAUGCAAAUCAGCUUGAUUCCAUGGGUUCAUCAUCAACGCCUCGUGCAAAUCCAAAAUUGUGUGAUCAUUGUGGAAAGUCAAGCCAUACCAAAGAGACAUGUUACAAGUUGAUAGGAUACCCACCAAGAGAUGGACAACAGGACAAUAAUACAAGGAUCAAGAUGGAUAGUAACCAGAAGGAUAGAAGGCGUAUUUUUCCAAGACAAGGGAAUUUCAAAGCCGUGAAUCAGGUCUCACAAGUACCCACAAAUGCUGCACCUAUGAUUUCUGGACUCACUCAAGAUCAAGUGAACCAACUGAUCUCAUUACUUGGUACUGAAAAGAAGCCCUCCUUAGAUGACUUUUCUGGACCUCACAACGAGGAAGCUGAUUGGGAUGAGUGAAAUGCAUAAUGGUCUUUAUUAUUUCAAGCCUUUCAAAGCAAUUUCUAUUUCAAAUGUAACUACCUCACCUUCGAUGGAGCUUUGGCACCAAAGAUUGGGGCAUCCUUCCUUUGAUAGACUUUCUUUACUAUCUAAUAAAGUCUCAUUUGAUUU